CCCAACUUUUCGUCAGACCUUCUGGUGCUGUCGGACUGUUUCCGGUCUGUCAGCUGUGUGUAUGUACGAGUGCUGUGAUCUAACGGUGUAAACAGUGUGUUGGGACCGUCUGGAGUUUGUCUCAUUAGUUUUAGUGUUCCAGUAAACUUCCCUGAAUCUCAUCAACGCUGUAGCUUCCGGGAUGAACGCGCUGCUACGCCGAUGGAGGGUACGACGGGUGCUAACAUGGAAAGGCUUGCAUGUGACAGCGCCUGUGCAGACCUUUGACCUCCGGAAAGUUGAAUUAACGCCUCUGGAGCAGCGAAAGCUCCCUUUCGACUCCCACGUAAUGGUGACGGAGCUGGAGAGCAGCGGUUUUGAGAAGCGUCAGGCGGAGCUGAUAGUUUCAGCUCUGGUUACUCUGACGACAGCAAACAUGGACAUCGUUUAUAAAGACAUGGUGACCAAAGCCCACCAGGAAAUCGCAGUGCUGCAGAUCGUGGCUCACCUGGACGCCAUCAGGAAGGACAUGGUGAUCCUGGAGAAGAGCGAGUUCGCCAACCUUCGAUCUGAAAACACGAAAAUGAAGCGAGAGCUGGAGCAGCUACAAAACAGACUGAAGGAGGAGUGUCAGAAAGUACGAGCAGAAACCAAACUGGACAUCAACCUGGAGAGCAGCAGGAUCUCUGACAUGUUUACUGAACAGGAGAAGAAGCUGAUGGAGGCCAGUACAGAGUUUCAUCAUAAGAAAGCCGACCUCGAACACGACAACAUGGAGAUCAACAAGAAGAUGGACCUCCAGGUGGCCUCGCUCAAAACGGUCCUGGAGUCUUUAAAACUGGAGACGAUCCGCUACCUCGCAGCGACGGUGUUCUCCUGCCUGGCCAUCGCUCUGGGAGUCUACCGGCUGUGGAGGUGAAGGAUCCACAUCCAACCACAAACUGAUGGGAUUAACGCGGCUUCAUCCAGGACACAAAGUAGAAGAAAACUCUUUGAGAUCUGCGGAUGAACGACUAGGAUGCCAUUUCAAAAUGUGUUGCUGCAACAAAAUGUCACAAUUUAAUGGUCCAGUGUGUCGGAUUUAGGGUGAUCUAUUGGCAGAAAUGCAAUAUAGUACUCAUAAGUGUGUUUUUAGUCGUGUAUAAUCACCUGAAAAUAAGGACAAACCAAACACUGGCUCCAGAAAGAACAUUUCACAGCCACUGUAGAGGGGGGUGAGGAGAGGGGUUUCAGUUGGUUGUAAUCUGCAGCCUCACCACUAGAUGCUAUUAAAUCCUACACACUGGACCUUUAAUGUUUAAAGGAACAUAAACAAAGUUCAGUUUAUCUUCACUGUGUUUUACUUCAGUAUACGUACCAGUAUAACACUGUAAAACUACUCACAAGUAAAAGUCCCACAUUUAAAUUUUUGCUUAAGUAGAAGUACAUAAGUGAUAUCAGCAAAAUGUAAAUCGUUAUUCAAAAAGUUGUAAAUACUGGAGGGCGAACACUCGUGUAAACUACCGAAGCACAUUUACUCAAGUGCUGUAUAGUAAGUACAGUGUUAGGACAUUUAUACUUUACCUGAGUGUUUCCAUUUAAUACUGCUUUGUAUUCUACAUCACUACAUUUCCGAGGGAAAUAUUCAGUGGGGGAAGAAAUACUUGGAUCAUUUCCUUGAGUAACAGUACUAGAACAAAAAAGACUCCAUUACAUUUGAACGUUCUGCAUUCAAAAUCCUACUUCAGUGCAGUCGCGUACACAAGUAUUCUCAGCUUCAUGUAGUUAAAGUAUCAGCUGCGAAUACUUCUGUACUUUUAAAUUGACUAUUUCUAGUUUUACUUAAGGAAAGAAUCGGACUAUUUCUUCUAGUAAAGUAUGUAAUAGAGUUGAAAUAUAUAGGAGUAUAAAAUGGAAAUACUCCAGUAAUGUACAAGUACCUCGAAAAUGUACUUAGUUAAAAAAGUAUCUGCAUGAAGAGACACCACUAGUGAAAAUAUUUUGUCUUUGAUUUUGAUGAACUGACCUUUUUAAAGAACAAACACUUUCAGAAUUGAUGUUUUUAUGUAACUUGUGUUGCCUUGGAAACAUGUUUUACAGUCAGACCAACAUUUUUAGUUGUGAUGAACCUGUUUACUUGAUUAAUCUAAAUCUGAUAAUUUCAUUGUAGGGUGCUUGUUUGAAAUGUGUUUGAUGAGAUUUUUCACCUGAAUGAAGGAACAUUUGGAGCUCACUGACCCAGAAAACAUCAUAUGUAAUAAGAGCUGGAUGUCUUCACUGAUGGACGACAGACAUUAACUGUAGAGGUCAAAGAAAACACAAAUAAAGAUUUUAAUUCAGA